AUAAAACAAGGGGGGGGGGGGUAACCUUGCCAUCAAGCUGGACAUGUCUAAGGCAUUUGAUAGAAUUUCUUGGAAUUUCCUUAUCACUGUCCUGGACAAAUUUGGUUUCAAUAACACCUUCCAAACCCUCAUCCAGAACCUUCUCCACAGCUCUCACUUCACCAUCCUGAUCAAUGGCCAUCACACCAAAGCUUUCAAACCUAAAAGAGGAUUGAAGCAAGGAGACCCUCUCUCCCCCCUCCUCUUCAUCCUUGCCUCUGAAGCCUUCAGCAGAACUAUCAAAAAGGAAACUGCAUCUGGAUCCCUCUCUCCAUACUACCUUGGCAUGCAUUAUACCCCUAUUACCCACCUAGCCUUUGCAGAUGACCUUAUCCUCUUCACUAAGGGUGAUUCCCCUACAGUCACUAGAAUCAAAAUGUUACUUUCUGACUAUGAAGACUGCUCUGGUCAACAAAUCAAUCGGGGAAAAUGCUCUUUCUACAUCCCUAAGAAGACCCCCCUUGCUACCCAAAGUAGAAUUCAAACCAUAUUGGGAAUGAACAAAGGUAGCCUACCCUUCAAAUACUUGGGCAUCCAAAUCCAUCAUGGAAUCAACAGAAAACCCUACUGCCAUGACAUCCUCAACUUGUUUGACUCUAAACUUAAAGGAUGGUACCAUAAGCUGCUUAGUCAGAGUGGGAGGUUAACCCUCAUCAAGCAUGUCCUAAACACCAUGCCUACACACGAGGAGUCCAGCCCUAUGCAAUGAAUACUUCUAUAAAAAUACAUGGGCUAACAAUACAUGG